CGGCGGGCGGGCAGCGGAGCCGUCGGCGGGGCGGCCGCGCAGCAUGGAGGAGGGCGGCCGGAGCCCCCGGGAGGAGGCGGCCGAGCCGCAGGAGUCCGGCGGCGACGCGGAGCCCGGCGGCGGCGGCGGUGGCGGAGGGCGGCGGGGGCUGCCGCUCCCCCCCGGUGACCCCCCGCACCCCCACCCGCUCCCGCACCGCAUCACCAACUUCUUCAUCGACAACAUCCUGCGGCCCGAGUUCGGGCGGAGGAAGGAGGCGGGCGGCCCCGACGGAGAGCCCCGGCGGCCCGGCGCGGAGAGCGGCCGCAGCCCCGGCGCGGCGCCGGCCCCCGGGGCUCCGCUGCCCGGCGGCGGGGCGGGCUCGCCGGGCCGGGGGGAGGGCGGCCCCGCCGGGCUGGCCCUGCACGGCGCCGCCAAGAAGGGGGGGGACCCCGCGGCGCUGGAGGCGGCCCUCAAGGCUCGGGGGCUGAGCGGCGGCGACCUGUCGGUGAGCUCGGACUCGGAUAGCUCCCAGGCCAGCUCCAACGCCGGGAACCAGCCCAUGCUGUGGCCCGCCUGGGUGUACUGCACGCGGUACUCGGACCGGCCCUCCUCAGGUCCCCGCUCCCGCAAACCAAAGAAGAAGAACCCCAACAAGGAGGACAAGCGGCCUCGCACCGCCUUCACCGCCGAGCAGCUGCAGAGACUCAAGGCCGAGUUUCAGACGAACCGGUACCUGACGGAGCAGCGGCGACAGAGCCUGGCCCAGGAGCUCGGGCUCAACGAGUCCCAGAUCAAAAUCUGGUUCCAGAACAAACGAGCCAAGAUCAAGAAGGCGACGGGCAGUAAGAACUCCCUGGCAGUGCACCUCAUGGCCCAGGGGCUCUACAACCACUCCACCACGGCGAAAGACGGCAAGUCGGACAGUGAAUAG